AUGACUAUUGCUGCAUAUGCGUAUGAAACAAAUGAAGCAAGAAGAGCACAUGAACUAGUAAAUGAAAACUCAACUUUAACAGUGGAAGGUAACAAUUUAGUCAUUGACGAUGGAAAAACUAAAAAAGUCAUUGAUUUCGAUACUUUUAACACUUAUGACCCAUUCAUUACAACAAGUAAAGUUCCUAUCAUAAAUGAUGGAACGGUGCAAUAUAUAAAUUCUACAGUAGAUGCCUCAUUAGUGAAAGUAUUAAAUGUUCUCAUUGAAUUGUUAAAGAGCUUUCGAUUUGACGACAACAUUAAAUGCUUAAAGAAUUUAGUCAUGAAUGAGAAACAAAUUCUCGGCGUUGCUGGUAGCAGUAAUGAUGUACACCUUUUGACAUUAGAAUAUUAUAACGAACAUAAAGAUGAACUGAAAGGAGAGAAGGGUGACACUGGACCUCAAGGACCUCAAGGAAUUCAAGGACCUCAAGGCGAAAACGGUUUGGAUGGUGAAGAUGGAAAGGAUGGAAAAACUGCUAAAUCAUGGAUAUGGAACCUUAUAAAUACUGGUUUAACAGCUGCUUCAUAUGGAGUUCUUUAA